AAGUUGUUUGCUGCUAAAUGGAUAUCACAAGCAAACAAGAUGACUGCAGCGUCCUAUAAAUGUGAUAAUGGAGAGAAGAAUCUCACCAAAUGUUUCCCACCCCGGACAUUGCUCAGCCGGAGGAAAGAAGUGGCUGGACAUUUGCUUGAAUAUCACAGAACGACAGAGGAGCAGAACCACAGGAAUGUGCGUAGAAGAAUAAAAGAGACUCAUGAAGAAUGUGGGAACAGCAGGGGGGCUGAGACUCCUCAUGGUAACACAUUCGAUGGGAUUUUACUGCUCCAGUUACAUUGUGUUGAUAAUCCGUCUGAGCUGUGCUCCGUUGACAUCAGUGAGCAGAAACUGAACUCUGUCAAGCCAGAAGAGCUCAAGGUGUUUGACAAUGUAGUUGACAUUGAUGCAUCUAUUAACUCCCUCUCUUUAGGGUCUUUCAGCAGUUUUGUUUCUUUAAGGCAACUCAAUGUGUCAUUAAAUGGGAUCAGCAACAUGACGUUUCAAGCUGCUGACUUCCCUCAUCUCGAGGUUUUGGAUUUGUCCUACAACAGUUUGUCUGCAGAGGAUAUUGUUUCCUUGGGUCGGCUUCCACAUCUAAAACGCCUUCACCUGACUGGAAAUCAGCUUCAUCAUCUUCCUCCUGAUCUGGACGCACAGUUUGGAGCUCUUGAGGUCCUGAUGCUGGACGAUAACAAACUGUCCUCUGGAGUCUUCAACAGUCUGGCAAACCUUAAGAGGCUGAAGUAUCUAAACCUGCAGGGGAACCAUAUUUCUGAAAUUACAUUUUCGCAAAUUGAGGGCUAUUCCAGGCCUUUUCAGACUUCUGUUGAAGAGCAAAUGGACAAAGAGGGUUUUGGCCACACUGAGACACAUCCUAAUGCUGCUGAAAGAUCCAGCUUCCCACUACCUGAGCUUCAGUUUCUCAAUUUAGCAAACAACAAGAUUUCGGAGGAGGAAGCGCUGAUGACGGUCGCUCUUUUCCCGAUGCUUCGAGAAAUUGACAUUCACUCCAACCCUCUGACCACACAGAGGAGCGGAGAUCCUCCCUUACUGACCUAUUACCUCAAAGCGAAACUGGGGAUUAGGAUAAUACGCAAAAAUACCCAAGAGGCAUUGAAGCUCUCACUGAAGGUGUCCACUGACCCUAAAUGGAAGUUCAUAGAAAGACCCCCCAAAGUGUCGAAGAAGCCCCUGUUGAUGGAGGCACCCUGUCCCACCCAAACUCAUGUGGAGAAAAGUGAGUCGACUGCAGAGAAAACACCAGAAUCUGAGAGCGGGAAUAGCAGAGACGACACCUUCCAAGAAAGCACAGAGCACUUCUUUGUUACUCAGGCAACACAAGUUCCUGAAUUUGAGUGUGAUCUUCAAGCUGAUGAAAAAGAGAUUUCAGCGAUCAAAGCCGAUACCAUUCCUGAAAGAUUCUACGAAAUGUUGAUGGACACAAAACCGAAUCCCGAUGUGGUGGAGCCUGUCGGAAUUCAAACAGCUGUUCGGAUGCUGGAACACAAACUGAAGAAUCUGAAUGUUUACAGAGACUCAAAACCAAAACUUGAUAGCAUCCAGAUGCCUUACAGCAAAAGAGAGAAAAGGAUUAAGGAACUUCCGCCAUUGAAGCCGAUAAAGCAGCCAACUGAAAGGGUGGAUAAACUGAUAAAGGAAAUGAAGGAGAGUACAACGAUCAGAGAAGUCCCCUUAAGCAGGGCCAUACACGGCACCGGUGUUAACAAGCAGGAGCAAAAGGAAGCUCUGUCGCUGCUGAGGGACAUUAAGACAAAGCACAAGAUGGUCCAUAAGAAAACAAUGGAGCGAGCAGCCAGCAUAGAGUCUGAGAGAAACACCAACCAAAACGGAGCUGAACCCCCACCUGUACAGAUUCUCUAAUACAUAUUCAACCAUCAGAUUAACUGUGAAUUUCUUUCUUCCUUUGAUAACAUUUCCUUGAUGUUGACAUACAACUGGUGUGAAUGGAAUGAGUGAGAAAACCAACCUUGUGUGAAAUUGUAAGUGCUUUCAUAUCGCUUUGCCUUUAUUAAGAUUGAUUGCUCAUAGCAAAGAUGAAACUGAGAAGCAAGGUGGAAAAAAACAUUUUCUAAGUCUGAUAUAAACAGUUUUCUGUCUUGUGUUUAGACUUAAAAAGGACAUGUCAUGCUCAUUUUCAGGUUCAUAUUUGUAUGUUGUUCCUCUACUGUGACAUGUUUACAUGCUUUAAUGUUCAAAAAGCUCUUUAUUUGUCUAGC